UCUUGCACGCAUUUACAACAGCGUGGGACUUCAGUUCGACAGGAAUUUCUAAGUCCAGAAUACACACGUGGUUUUGGGUUUUCAGAAGUUUUACUUCAAUCAGAUAAAAUGGUGAAGAAAGGAAAGAAGAGAUCCCUGGAGGUGUCCGAGGCCACGGUGAAGUCCGAGGUGCCUCCUCAGGGUCCCCUGAAGAAACCAAAAAUAAAAAAAGAGGAAAAAGCGAAUGGUGCCGCCAAUGGUACGAAAAAAAUCAAGAAUAAACCAGCCCCCGAGACCGCUCUCAAGAAGCCAGAGGAAAGUCUAGCCCCCAAGAAAGUCAAGAAGCAGAAGAAACAAAUACAGAAUCCAGAGAAAAUUUCAGAGCCCGAAGAGAAAAAAGAUCAGGCCCUGAAGGUUCUCCAAAAAAAACUCGAGGCGAAAAAGAAGAAGAAAGAAUUGAGAAAGGAGAUGAGAAAGGAGAACGGUCAGUUCAAGCCUGCAAAUAUCAAAUUGACUGCUGAUGAGAUAAAAAUCAGGAUCGAAAACUUCGAGAGCAAGGAACAGCUGAGCAGAACCGCUCGGAGGAAACUAGCAGCUCUCAAGAAAAAGCUGAGAAUCGAGGAGGGAACGUAUACACCUCCAUCGGAGCUUCCCAAGACUCCGCAACUCUCGAAAAACUUGAAGAGGAAGAUUAGGAGGCAUAAAAACGUCAUGAAGAGAGCUGAGUUGGCAAGUACUGGGGGCAGUGAGCAGGAGAUCACAAAGAAAUUGGAGAAGAAGGCUAAGAAUGUUGAAAAGCUCGUGAAGGAGGAGCAGAGUAAAUUGGUCGGCAAGGCUGCUGUGAAGGUCGAGGGAAAAGGAAAGCUGGUGAAGGAAAAAGGGAAGAAAGCCCUUAAAGCCGAGGCUGAGAGCGACGAUGAUGAUGAGGAGGAAGAGGAGGAUGAGAGCGAGGAAGAGGAGGACUCUGAGGCAGUUGACAGCACUUUAAAUACUUCACAGGAAGUUGAUAGUGAGGACGACGAUGAUGAGGAAGACGAGGAAAAUGAAGAGGACGAAGCAGAGGAAGCUGACAGUACUUUAAAUACUUCUCAGGAAGUUAAUGAUGACGAUGACGACGAGGAGGAUGACGAGGAAGAUGACGAGGAUGACGAGAAGAAAGUAGAAAUUAAGGGUAAACCUGCAGCUCCCACGCCAGCAGCUAAAAAUCCUCAGCAAAAGCAAAAUCAAGACAAGAAGACGAGAUAUGUUCUCUUCAUUGGAAAUUUACCUUAUGCAGCAACAACAGAAGACAUCAAGAAGCACUUCCUCACAAAGGUAUCGACAGUCUCGAGUGUGCGAAUCCCUACAGAUGCUAAAACCAACCAACCCCGGGGUUUUGCCUACGUGGAGUUCACGAAUAGUGUGGAUUAUGAGAAGGGCUUGUCUCUUCACGAGUCCAACCUCCUGGGGAGGAGAAUUAAAGUGCAGUACAGCCAGCCAGGAUCAAAAAGCACUGGGAAAAGGCCCGAAAUCGUUGCCAAGAACCAGAAACUCCACGCCAUGAGGAAACAGGGACAACUCGCUGGAAGUGUCAAGGACUCCAAUAAAAGGAACUUUAGGAGAAAUCAAAACAAAAGUCGAGGGUAAAUCCCUGGGAGAUAAGAGUGCAAUUGCUCAUUGCAUUAAUUCGAACAGAACGGAAUACAUUCUUAAUGUAAUAUUACAGUAGAUUAAUGUACUGUACAUCUUUGACUUUUUUAAGUGAUAAAUUUGUCAAUAUGCGACGUUAUAAAAAUAUAAUGAAUGU